AAAAUUAGUAAUUUACACAAAUUGGAAAACAAAAAGAGAUCAAAGUGAAAAGAAGUUUAAAAAUUUUAUUUUCCACACAUUCAUUGGAUUACUUUUACCCCCCACUUGGAUUAACUAUCUCUAAUGGAUUAUUUUAUUCGUAUUUUCCUCUGAGGCAACAAAACAAAGAGUUGAGACGCUUUGUGCUUUGAUUAUGUCUUUGGUACCGUUACCUAUACACAAUACAACAGCAAUCGCUUCUACAAUGACAAUAACAACAAAUUCAGAGGACAAAACGGCAGUAAAAGUGGAAUCAUCUACAGCAACAGUAAAAACAGAAGAACUGAUGGCAAAUUCUCACACUCAAUACGGGCAAAUGCCCUCUACAACGAAUAAAGGAGAAACUAACCGGAAUACAAUAACGACAACAACGGCAACAUCGACAACGACAACAACAACAACGAUAGCGACAGUAGCGAAGGCAAUGGCAACAACAUCAACCGAUAGUGAUGAUGCGUUGCAUGAAAACAAUGACAUUAGCAUAAAAAGUGAAGAUGAAGAUGAAGUAGAGUUGAACCAAAAUGAAUUGUCAUCAAAGAGCCAACAUAAUGGCAUAAACAACAAUAAUAAUAAUAACAACAAUAACAAGAACAGCAACAAUAUUAAUAACAAAAACUAUGCAAAAACCAACGUUAACGGCACAACAAAUUCCAAUAGUAAUACAACAAGCCAACAACAACAACAACAACAACAUGAACAAUAUCAGCAGAAGCAAUUGUCAUUAAACAAAAAUUCUUCAACCACACAUUCCGGGGAUACAUCGUCAUCCUCAUUGGCGGCGUCGUCGUCGUCGUCGUCGUCGUCUUGUACAACAACAUCAAAUGUAGCUUCGUCGUCAUCUCGUCAUAGCAGUAACGUUGUUUCGUCACAAUGUAGCAGCAGUAACAGUAAUAACGCCACCACCGCUUCUACCGCCGCCGCCAAUAACAACAGCAAUAAUAAUAAUAAUAAUGUUAAUAAUAUUCGCAACCAUAAACAAAACGAUUGUGGCAACAAUAUUAAUAAAAAUGAAAAUAGUUUGAAUCAAACUGCGAUCAAAGUUGAGGAUGACGAGGUGGAUGCCGGCAACGCCACUACUACCACUACUGCCGCUACUGCCACCAUUACUACUACCAUCACUACUACCACUACCACAACGCCAGCAAAGCAACAAAAUUCCUCCUCAAAGAAUAAUGCGGCGGCAAUUGAAAGCGUUUGCAAUGAAAGCGAUUCCACCGAGCAAUUGUUGUCGAUGAAACCAUCGCCUGUUUUGUUGAGUGCAGUGAACCCACAUAUCAUUUGCAGUUUAUGUUUCGGUUAUCUGAUCGAUGCCACCACCAUCGUUGAAUGUUUACAUUCAUUUUGUCACAGUUGUUUAAUUAAACACCUACGUACUCAGGAGUAUUGCCCACGUUGUGAAAUGGUAAUUAAUACCGUCAAACCUAAUAUCAAAUCGGAUACUACGUUGCAAGCGAUCGUUUAUAAGCUGGUACCGAGUUUAUAUGAAAAAGAAUUAAUGCGUAAACGUGCCUUCUAUAAAGAUCGUCCCGAAGAAGCGGCUUUAGCAACACCCGAACAAAGAGGUGACGAUACCGAACAUUUGAUAUUUAGUCCUUCAGACUAUAUGUCAUUAUCAUUGGAAUAUGCAGAUAUUGAGGAACUCAACAAAUAUAAAACGAACUAUAAUGAGCUUUUGAAACCGCGUUAUGUUAAAUGUCCUGCUAUGUUUACUGUAGCUCAUCUAAAGAAAUUUGUUUACGGUAAAUUCCAAAUUGAUGCAAAUCGUUUUUUCAUCGAUAUCAUGUACAAAGUGAAAACCAUUGUGUUAUUGGAUCAUUAUACUUUAAUGGAUGUGGCUUAUAUUUAUACCUGGAAGCGAGAUGCUCCAAUGCGCUUUUAUUUUCGCGUAAAGAAAAAUCUUAAACCUUUAUUAAAAGUCAAAAAGAAUUUGUUAAACACUCACUCUAAAACAAGCCUUAUCACUACCACGAUCGCCACUACCACCGCCACCGCAACCGAGAUAACCACCGACACCGCCACCGACACUAAUAAUAAGAUAUUAGAACCAGCAGAAAUUAAAGUAGAAGACGAAGCCGAAGUGUCUUCAACUACGGAGACUCCUAGUCCCGAAACGAAACAUUUCCAAAUUGUUCAACCACCACAAAGUCCUUCCACAAGCUCUCAAGAAUCUCAUACAGCGGACAGUCUAAAAAUAACGUUAGUUAGCAAGCCAAGCAAAGACAAAACUGCUAACUGUCAACCAAACAACGAAUUGAAAUCAAUGAAUCUUAGUAAAUUGGUAAAAGAAAAGCGAGAAAAUCUUCAAGUUUCUUCCACAGCUAACACUCCGUCAACGACCACCGCCCCGAAAGAAGAACGUAAGGUGGAAAACAUAAAAUUAAAAAUUGAUUUGUCUAAACAAAACAGUGUAACCAUUAUUAAUAUGUCCGAUCCGGAACGCAAGGAAAUAGUUAAACCAGUCCGACCUGAUAAAGAAUGGAAAGUGAAGAAUAAAAAGGACAAGGAUACGAAUAGCCCAAAACCUUCGCCUAAAUCCUCGCCACACAAUGAAAGAAAAAGCAAAACACCCAGCCCUUUGACAGUACCACCUUUAACAAUCAAAGCUGAACGCAUAAGUCCCUUAGCCAAGUAUCCUUCCGCAAAUUCUCCUCGUUCUAAUGCCGAUAAAAUGAGUGAAGAAGAAAAGAAAUCACAAUUUCUUAAGUCUUUCUCUUUAACUCCUAUUAAGGACAUCAAACAGGAAAAAUUCGACGAUGAAAAUGAUAAAAAACAAUCGCUUAUUACAAGCUCUUCCAAAAUAAAUGCUCAUAAAGUUAUAACGCCCACUGUUGUAUUUUCCUCAAAGUUACCAACACCAUUACCUCCUAUAAUGAUUAACCAAACCGGCUCGAAGCGCAAAUGCAAAGAUCCGGUAAAAACGGUUGUAAAAAAGCCAAAAAUUUCACCUCCCAUGGCUACAGAGGAUUUCAAGAUAAAAUUGCCGCCCAUCUGUAAUAGCACCAAUGCUAACCAUAGUGAUAAGGCUGUUGCGAAGUCACCGGCAGCAAUUUCUGCUGUCACUAAUCCACCAAAAGACAUUAACGACAAGCCUUUAAUGCCACCUCCGAUCGGAUUGCCAAUGAUGAGACCUCUAGGAAUUGCCUCAAGGAAAGCGCAAAAACCCUCUGGCAGUAAAAUUCCAGCAACUUCACCUGGAUCCCUUAUUCCUCAUCCGCAUAUCCAAGGUAUACAAAUGUCAGCUCCUGGUAAUAGGACACCUAUAGCGAAGCGCUACCAACAUAUCCUUCCUAAGGCGGCACGACCAAAUCCCUUCGCCAAUAUACCCAGCGAUGUGAAUAAGAUCUUAAAAGAAGCAGGCACCGAAAUUAAGACAAUAUUAAACGAUACUAAUGGUUCUAAAGUAUAUGGACCUAAAUCGGAAACUACAACCUUAAUGGGGCCCCCACCACUUAAAACAUCUGUAACUAAAACACAAGCAUCUCCAUGUAAUGUAACUCAGCAACAUAACUCGCCCGCACAUAACGCAAAAUCAACUGUCUCUCAGAAGUCCAAUAAUUCGAAUAGUUAUUUGAAUUUAGCCUUAUUUAAUACUACAAAAGCGAAAGGCAAUGAAGUGCCUCCCGGAUGCCGCACUCCUAUGUACACACCAAAUUCACCUAUCUACUCACCCAAUUCGCCACAAUACGUACCAAACUACAAUAUACCCACUAUGCCCACUUACAAAUAUACACCAAAGCCUUCGAGUUCUUCCAGUAACUUUUUACAAAACGUUCUGGGCUCUAACAGUCAAAUGGCGAACUUGUUCCCAACUCCCCCAGUUAAAAAGGAUUCAAGCAACUCCAACAAGAACUUUAAUAACACGAAUACUAACAACAACAACAACAACAACAAUACCAACAAUUCAACAUCGAACAAUAAUUCAAGCAAUCAACAAUCCAGCAAUAAGCGUUCAUAUCCCUUUGUACGCAGUCCCAGUCCUUUAGAGGAUCCGCCUGAAAAACAGCUAAAAGUGAAAUCGUUGCUUACGUCAUGCAAUAUUAGUAUACCAUCAUCGUUGUCAAUUACUAUUACCAGGGAAGACUCCGAAUCAGCGACUAAUAAUUCUGCUUAUCCUAAACAUAAGAGUCCAGUAAAUAAUUAUAUUGAAAUUUUAAAACUUCCCGAUCAUCCAGUGGACAACAGUGAGAAUAAACGCUCAACGCCACCCUCCAUAGCAAGUUCGCAACAUCUCGCCUUACAAAAUAAUAAAAAUGCCCAACUAUUUCCUAAUCCGCCCAUCAAACGUGAUCUCAAUCAAUCGCCUAAUGCAAUGAAAGCUGCGGCCAAUCCAGCUUUAGCAAGCCUUUUAAUUGCUCAAAGUAAUAACAAUAACUGUUCCAUAAAAACUAAUUGCAACGCGAACGGGCCAAAAUCCAACAACAUUUCCAAUACGAACGGACCUACCAAAAUCCCUAACAAUAAUCAGAAAUUAAAUAAUAUAAGCAAAACACCUCCUGCGAAAACUCCCAGUCCGGAAAAGAAACUUUCAGUGAACGGAAACAUAAAUAGCGAACAGAAAUCACCAAAAUCGCCAGUAUCAUCGUCAGACGGUAACAGUAGCCAGGCCAGUAAAAAGUUCCGUCAUAUUCUCCCUCGGCAAAUGUGUAGUUCAGCAAGCGAAUCCACGGGCAACACAUUGCCCGCAACGAAGCCUACCAACAAUGCGAAUAAUGGUAAUGUAAUUGGAACUUACGCCUCACCAAAUGGCAUAGCGAUAAAAAUCCAUUCCCAAAAGAAAGUGCAACCAUCGAAAAAAUCACCGGGCUCGAUGCUCCUGGCACCUAAAUCUAACCUGCUUUCACCAAACGCACCGGCGGCAACGAAUUCGGUAAAACCACCCAGUAAAUCACCGCAAAACGCAAAGAGUAUAAACAAACCUAAUAACGCAUCUUUAUCAGCGGUUAAUAAUACAGCUCCCUCCAUACCGUCGUUGCCGUCGUUGCCAAUAUCACAUCCUCCCCCCAUGCCCUCGAUGGCUGUUACUAUGCCCAAUCUACCACCUCAUUUGGGUAUAGCAACAGCUGCCGGUCAAGCUGAACUAAGCAAACUUUUCAAAGAGAAUUUGUUCAGAGCCCAAGUGCAGGCUGCAGCCGCCGCCAAUCCAUCAAAUAUGUUUUACUCAUACGCUAAUGCAGCCGCCCAAAUGAGCCAAUAUACACCCAUCUACAAUUAUCAGCAAGCGUACAUAAUGGAACAGCUAUCACGUAUGCGUGCCGGAAAUGAAGCUUUCACUGAGUACAUGCAGAAAUUAAAAAAUAGCAUGGAAGCCAAUAAUAAAACGCCUGCUGAGCAACGAAAAGAUAACAGAAUAGCGAAUCCCUCGUCCCCACAUGUACCUCAAGUAAAUGCAGCAACACCAUCAGCAUGCAGAUCUAAACUACCUACACCACCACCACCACCACCACCACCAUCACCACAAUUAUCGCACACAAAACCCACAGCAACGACAACUUGUACGGCACAGUCAUCAACAUCCAACUCCAAUUCAUUGACUGCCACCAUCAACACUACCACCGCUACGGCCUCAGUAACAGCAACAGCAAUAACGACAAAAGACUCUAACACGAUUACUAAUGUUAAGCAAACUUCAAAAGCAAAGUGA